AAGAGCUUUGUAUUGAGAAAAGUCAAGAAAAAAAUACGAUUGAUGAAUUAGUACAUAAACAAGGUCAAACGGAAUAUAAGAAAAAAUACUUAGUUUAUCAAACCUCCAACAUCAAUAAUAAGAAGCAGGUUUGUUCUACAUGCCGUAGUAAAUUACCAACCAUUGCUGAGAUAAAUCAGCAAUCUAACGAACCACUUGAGAUUAUAAAUACCACUGAAAAAUCACUAGUUAUUCAUUCUCAUACAUUUAAAGGAUCAAGUAAACCACAAGCUAUUUCAGAAAGUGAGGAUACACCACAAAUAUUUAUUCCAGAUCCAAUAGGAAUUAAUCUAAACUCGAUUGCUAAUGUUCGAAAAGUUCUUGAACACAUUGAAGAAAUAUCUGGAAUUAAAAAUGAUAGCCGUAAAUGGAUCGUAGUCACUUACUUGUGA